AUGGGAGAAUUGAACUACGAUUCCUCGCCAAAUCCGUUUAGCGAAGACGCCGGUGGAUCUCCGGCGGGUGAAAAAACGGAUCAGGACGUGAGUUCGAGAAGGCGCGUGAAGGAGUUAGUGUGCAACGUCGGGUUGGAAGGCGAACUUCGCGCGCGUGUAGUAGUUGGGCCUGAGGGAUAGCCAAUAAAGUAUGAUGUAGACAAGAAGAGAUGCAGUGAAAGAUGUAGAUUCAAUCAGACACGUCACAGCUUUCCAUCUUUGCUUUUCUGCUCAGAAGGAAAACUCAAUAACACUGUCGAGUCACAGAGAGAUCAGAGAAGCCAAAUAAAACUCUUCUGCUCUCCGCUGGGCGCUGGUAAUGGCUCCAUACACAGAAGCUACCAACAAGAAAGGUUCAAUUUGUUUGUGAAUGCUUUAAACAGAGCUAGAACUUAUGAGACCCUUUCUCCUCCACCAGACAUGCCUGAAGCAGUCACCAACAACAAACUAUAG